AUGUACCAUCUAAACGAGAACGAUCUCACCGCAACCACUGAUCUUCCGUAUCACGUCUCGAUGUCUACCGUCAACGGCAGCGCUAUGAGUGGACAUGGGGACGCCGGUGGGCUGGUGGAGGCGGCAAAUGCAGCCGUCAUCACAGCCCUUAUCAUAUUCUGUUUCGUGGUGUGCAAGGGCUCCUUCGACCGGUUCAAACAGUGGAGGGUCCGGCUGAACGUCGUGGUCAUCGGCACGGGUCCGAUCGGGCUGUCAGCGGCCCUCAUCGCAGCACACAGCAAGCGGGUCGGACGGAUUAUAAUCUACGAGGAUAAGAGCCGGUCGCAGCUCAUCUCCCGGCCCCAGCAGAUCGCUCUGGACUCCCGCAGUGUUGCCUUUCUGAGGAGGUACCAGGUGGAUUUUGAUAACAUGGAGGGUUGCUGGCAGAAGGAACGUUUCUACACGAGGAUUGGGAUAUUUCAGGAGUAUAUGAUGAGUAAUCUGCAGAGAUGUGAAGCUGACGUCACAAUCAAAUUAGGAACCAAGUUCAAAGAAGAAGUAGCUGCAUCAUGUGGAUCGCCUACCAACCGAACCUUGGUCAUCGUGGCAGACGGACUGCACGGACAGAGCUGUAACCUCUUGGGUGUCAGCGAUGAGUUCGUGGUGGAGUCGUGCAAAGCCUUUGGCGGUGCCUGCUCAUUGGAGAGGCUCGAACAACCACAGGUACCAUCACCAGAACUGCAGGUGAACAAGUUGAAACUGGACCUGUCCGGUUUCGGCAACGAGUACCGCUUCCCAGACCUGAGCCGAGCGGCUUUCUACCUAAAGAUCUUCGGCACUUUCCGGCACCGCUACAUCUCUCUCGUCUGCCAUAAAUGUGACACGCAUUUAGUGCGGCAGCUUCGAAUAACAUCCGACACCAUGAUCAUGCGCAACAUCUUCCAGGAGUCUUUUAACACCUACCGGACGAAAGGAGAGCCUAAGAUAUCCGACUCUGAGGCAUUCAACAUACAGUGUAAUCAGCGUCUUGGCGAAGUGAAACUCUCGUAUCGACGGGAGAACGUGUUGUACAUCCAGGAGGAAAACCUCGUGGUCACCGUAGAGGGCGACGCUGUGCGGAGUCUGAAUUUUAAUCUAGGGUUCGAGGUGAACAUGGGACUCCGUGGACUGGAAUGCAUGGGAACCUUCAUUGACGACAUCGUAACGGCCGACAACCAGUGUGCCUUGGUGAAAGCUAUGUCCGUCAAAACACGUUUUGCUCACAAGGUCAACCGAGACUUGAUACACAGCCGUCUGUAUCACACACUCGGCUCGCCUAAAUCAAACUAAAACUAAAACAUCCACUUCGGGUGGUUCUUUAAAGUUUAUUUACGAAACCUGUCCCCAUUGGGAAAUACGGGCCCGCCUAGCCUGAACAUCUGACGUCACACUUCGAGGCUUGAAUUAUCCUUGCGGAUAAAGACAUGGGCCAAGUCUAGGGGCCGCCCGGAGGAGGUUGAUUCAGAAAUCAGAAGAGGGCGCUAUCAUGAAGAAGUUUGUACACUGUUAGCCGUAUGGGGGGAAUAGAAUCUCCUGCAACGCAGGAUGUAAAUCCCAGCUUGACGGAAGCAGAAUCUCAUAUUGAACGAUGGCAAUGAAGACACUUGGUCCUUGUCAUGCUGACCCACAUUUGGUUAAAGAUUUGAGAUGAAAGUCAUAUGCGUCACUUUGACCCAUUUCAGGGGCACUUUUACUCAGAUUCCUUGUCAAGUGGUCUGACCCAACCCUUGUCAUGCUAACCCACAUUUAGAUAAAACUUUCAGAUGAGAGUCAUCUGCGUCACUUUGACCCAUUUCAGGGUCACUUUUACUCAUAUUCCUGGUCAGGUGGUUUGACCCAAUCCUUGUAAGGCUGACCCGGAUUUUGUUAAAAAUUGGGAUUUAAACAAAGGUUUUGCAUCACUCUCUGACGCAAUUGGGACAUUCUGGGUCACUUUGGUGCAGAUUCCUGGUCACACUCACACAUAGUUCAGGCUCCCCUGACGGGCUGAUGGGACAGUAUCAAUUCUGACCAAUGAUUUGGGUCAGUUCUGACCCUGGAGAUUUAGAGUGUACAACUAUCUAAACGGGAAGAAACUAUAAAAAAAAUAAUAGUAAACUUGUGUGGGAGUGUUGGCUCUGAAAAGAGCCGGUGUGGUCUCGACGUUUCGAACAGUAUACUCUGCUCGUCUUCAGGAGAAUGAAGCUUCAGACGUUCGAGAAUAUAGUUCCUAUUUAUCCAAACCAUUCCAACAACACUUACCUAAACAUAAACAGCAUGGGAAGCCUUUUACACGUGUACUCAAAUAUGAUUGGUAUGAUAAUCACUAACCAAAACAAUGAUUGAAUAUUGAUCCACUGCUGGGGGUUUUAAGUCACUAGACACUAUUGGUAAUAACUGAAAAUAAUUUAUAGCAUAAAAGCUUACUUGGUAGCGGGCAACGGAGAGC